CGUCGACCUUGCAAGCAUUUGCAGUAAAAUUAGGAUUUACCCAAUUCCUUCUGUGGUCGAAAGCAUCGUCUCCGGUUCAAAUGAUUCUAAAUCGUUCUGGUUGACAUUAGACUUCCAAAUUGCAAAUGUGACCACAUUCGCGAAAAACAACGUGCAACUUUCGUUGAUAAUUAUUAUUCAACUUUGAAAACCUUGGCGAGCAUCGCGCAGUCUUAUCAAUUCCCCAUGUACAUUCUUACACACACUUGAACUUGAAUGGUCGAUCGCUUUAUUUCUAGACGUCGAUCUCACCCGGACCGUCUCGCGCAUUUCCCUAUAAGCACUGUUUCGCUGCAGCAGCGGUGAUCGUUAAUUGUUUGCACCGCAUGGGUGGCAAUUUGUUUACGGUAUCAUGUACCUUUCGACGGUGAUGCGUCUCUGCUUCUGCGGUUGCAAUCGAGCGCCGCUAUCGGAGGAAUUUUUCCAAAAAUGUCGGACCGAUUUCUACGAGUGCCCGAAGAAUGUACUCGCCCAGAAUGUUUGCACCCGGAUAGAUCCAUUCGAAGCGUGCAUGUCGCGAAAGGCCUUGGAAAACACCCAACAUGUAUUCACAUAUAAGAUUGAGAACGAAGGCAAACCGCUGACGAAUCAGAAGAGUUCCGGCCGUUGCUGGCUGUUUGCUGCACUGAACUGCAUCCGCAUUCCCUUCAUCAAGCAGUACAAUUUGGACGAGUUCGAGUUCUCCCAGGCGUACCUGUUCUACUGGGACAAGAUCGAACGAGCCAACUACUUCCUGAACAAUGUCGUCGACACUGCUCGGCGUGGGGAGAAAGUGGACGGCCGGUUGGUGGCUUUCCUGCUGUCGGAUCCGACCUGCGACGGCGGCCAGUGGGACAUGCUGGUCAAUCUUAUCAACAAGCAUGGGUUGAUGCCGAAGAAAUGCUUCCCGGAGAGCUACAGCUGCGAGGCGAGCACGCGAAUGAAUUCCGUUAUCAAGAGUAAGCUGCGGGAAUAUGCCAAGGAGUUGCGUACCCUGAUCGCCGCCGGAGCCGACGAGAAAGAAGUGCAGAGCAAGAUCCAGGAGCAAAUGAACGAAGUGUACAACGUGGUCGGCAUCUGCCUCGGCAUUCCUCCGGAGAAGUUUACCUGGGAGUAUUACGACAAAAGCAAGAAGUAUCUAAGCAUCGGGCCAAUCAAACCGACCGAUUUCUACGAGAAGUAUGUGAAACCGUACUUCAAUGUGGACGACAAGGUGUGUCUGGUGACGGAUCCUCGCUCGUCGAAUCCUUACGGCCGAUCGUACACGGUAGACUGCCUGGGGAACGUGGUCGGUGGACGGCCGGUUCUGUACAACAAUCAACCGGUGGAAACGUUGCUGGAUUUGGUGACGAAAGCAUUGAAACUCGGAGAACCGGUUUGGUUCGGGUGCGAAGUUAGCAAACGCUUUGCUGGAAAACAGGGUAUUGAAGAUCUGGAUAUACAUGAUUUCAAGCUUGUAUUUGGCGUGGAUAUCCAAACCACUAUGGAUAAGGCUGAUCGUUUAAUGUAUGGCGAAUCAAUGAUGACCCACGCUAUGGUAUUUACUGGAGUGUCAGUUGACCCCAAUACGCAAAGCCCGACCAAGUUCCGCGUAGAAAACUCCUGGGGAGAGGACCGUGGCGAAAAGGGUUACCUUAUCAUGACGGCCGAAUGGUUCAAGGAAUUCGUCUUUGAAGUAGUGGUUGAUCGCAGCAUAGUGCCACAGGAUGUUCUGGACGUGUUCGAUCUGACGCCAACUGUUCUGCCCGCUUGGGAUCCGAUGGGAACAUUGGCCAAGUAAAAAAAAAUACAAGCCUUGCAUGCAUCACACACACAUACGCUUUAGCGCUUAUUUAAAUCUUCUUCAAUUGCAUGAAAGAAAAAUAAGAUCUGAGAUAUUCGAAAGCAUACACAAACACAGAACUGCUAUGAGCAGGAAGACUUCAAGCUUCUGAAUGAAAAGCAGCUUUAGGAAACAGAAACAAAUAUAGUGAACGAAUCUCGUAGCUUUUCGCAUGUUGCUAACUACAAACACGCGUGAGAGCUUGAAGGAAGCCAUUCUUGUAUUUGACAAGAAGUAAUUUAAUCUAGCUAAUAUGUACUGUAUUUAAAUGAAUAAAAUAUUAAUCGCUAUGUAACAGAUAUAAAGAACAGAUAGGAAUACGGAAGACAUAACUUUUUUAAAAAGGAAAAAUACACUAUACGAGACGAAUAUUGUAA